GAUUCAGUUCAUCAGUUGAACUUCCAUUUCUCUUCACAAGCUAUGCUUCUUCGGUGAAGCCGCACAGAGGAGAGAGCGAGAGAGAGAGACCACAGAGAUGGCGUCCAUGGCCCUGACUUCGUCCUGCUCUCUCGGCUUCAGCCCCCUCAGAUCGCGCUCCGUGAAGCGCCACCUGACGGCCGCUGCCUCCACCAGCAGCGUCAGAUCCGCUCCUCCCCGUCCGCGUCGGCUCAAAUCCAGCUCCGCCAUCUCCACCUCCUCAUCGAGGUUUCUCUCUCCUCUCCCUGCGCUCUCUCCCAGAUCAAGAUCCCCCAGCCUCACCGUCAAGGCAGAGGCGACGGCGGCUGCUUCCCCCGGCGCGCCCUCCUCUCCUCCGGCUAAGCCAUGGCAGGGCGCCGCCAUGAAGCCCCUCCUCGCCUCGAUCGCCACCGGAGUCAUCCUCUGGUUCGUACCUGUCCCCUCUGGCGUGUCGAGGAACGCGUGGCAGCUGCUCGCCAUCUUCUUGGCGACAAUCGUCGGGAUCAUCACUCAGCCUCUGCCUCUUGGUGCCGUGGCUCUGCUGGGCCUUGGAGCGGCUGUUCUCACGAAAACGCUAACUUUCUCCGCAGCAUUCUCUGCCUUCGGGGACCCGAUCCCGUGGCUGAUUGCUCUCGCCUUCUUCUUUGCCCGUGGAUUCAUCAAGACUGGUCUGGGUAACAGGAUCGCCUACCAGUUCGUCAAACUGUUCGGUAGCUCGUCGUUGGGGUUAGGCUACAGCUUAGUGUUCAGCGAGGCGCUCUUAGCUCCCGCGAUUCCUUCGGUCUCUGCCCGAGCCGGAGGAAUUUUCCUUCCUCUGGUCAAAUCCCUCUGUGUCGCGUGCGGCUCGAAUGUUGGGGACGGCACCGAGAACAAGCUUGGGUCUUGGCUGAUGCUGACUUGCUUCCAGACCUCUGUGAUUUCGUCGUCCAUGUUCUUGACUGCAAUGGCAGCAAAUCCUCUUAGUGCGAAUUUGGCGUACAAUGCAAUUAAACAGACCAUUGGGUGGACUGAUUGGGCUAAGGCGGCAAUAGUCCCGGGUUUCAUAUCCUUGCUCGUAGUGCCAUUGCUGCUUUAUAUUAUUUACCCACCAACUGUGAAAAGCAGCCCGGAUGCGCCAAAGCUUGCGACGGAGAGGCUGGAGAAGAUGGGGCCCAUGAGUACAAAUGAGAAGAUCAUGGCGGGGACCCUGCUUCUGACGGUUGGUCUAUGGAUCUUCGGGAGUGUGCUCAAUGUUGAUGCCGUUACUGCUGCCAUUCUUGGACUAUCCGUUCUGCUCAUCACUGGUGUGGUCACAUGGAAGGAAUGCUUGUCUGAGGCUGUUGCCUGGGACACACUCACAUGGUUUGCCGCACUCAUUGCUAUGGCUGGUUACCUAAACAAAUAUGGCCUCAUCUCUUGGUUCAGUCAGACUGUGGUUAAGUUCGUUGGUGGGCUGGGUCUCUCAUGGCAACUUUCCUUCGGGAUCCUGGUCCUCCUCUACUUCUACUCUCACUACUUCUUUGCUAGUGGGGCUGCCCACAUUGGAGCUAUGUUUACAGCCUUCUUGUCAGUCGCCAGUGCUCUUGGGACUCCUCCAUAUUUAGGUGCAAUGGUCCUCGCUUUCCUCUCCAACCUCAUGGGCGGCCUCACCCACUACGGUAUUGGAUCAGCUCCUGUGUUCUAUGGUGCCAAUUAUGUCCCCCUCGCCCAAUGGUGGGGCUAUGGCUUCCUCAUCUCCAUCGUCAAUAUUAUUAUCUGGCUCGGGGUCGGAGGCGUUUGGUGGAAGUUCAUCGGUCUGUGGUGAAGCGCCUUCAUGUAUUCACUUUGUCAGAUAAAUUAUGGAAGGAUUUCUAAUUCUAGGCCCACUUCUCCUCAGAUGCAAAUUUUUUGUCCCUGCUGUUGAGGCAGGCAUGGUGGAGUUUCUCAAGUUUAAGAUUCUUUUGGCGCUUUUUAAUAUAGAGAUCUUAGGUGGAAGAACAUUUUUACACAUGUCGGUUAUGAUCAGUCGUGGCAAUUGGAGCUUGUAAGUGAAAUUUUUGACUUGGCAUGAUUAACUGCCCAUCAGUGACAGUAGAUAGUUUUGAUCAACUGAAGAUCUCUAUUUUUACGAGUUC